UCCCUCGCUCGCACUCCGCCCGCCGCGCCGGACGGACCAUGGCCGCGACCGCCGACGACGCCCGCCGCGCCGCCGCCGUCGCCAAGUACCGCGCCAGCCUCCUCGCCUACCGGGAGCGCCAGUCCCUCCUCACCACAGGGGAAGAGAACCUGAAGAAGGCUAGGAAGGAGCGUGAGAUAACUGAUGGGCAUGUCAAGGCGUUUCAGAGCAUUGGGCAGAUAGUGGGGGAGGUGUUGCGCCCGCUUGGCGGCGAGCGUUUUAUCGUCAAGGUUAGGAGUGGUCCUCGAUACCUUGUCAACUGUCGCAAUAAGUUGAACACGGAGAGCUUGAAAACAGGCACACGCGUGUGUCUUGACCCAAGCACACUUACAAUCGUGCGCAUGCUUCCGCGUGAGGUGGACCCUUUAGUGUUCAACAUGGUUCAUGAAGAUCCAGGGAAUGUCAGCUUCUCUGCUGUUGGAGGGCUAUCUGACCAGAUCAGGGAAAUUAGGGAGACCAUAGAACUUCCGCUCGUGAACCCUGAACUGUUUCUGCGAGUUGGUAUUAAGCCACCCAAGGGAGUGCUCUUCUACGGCCCACCUGGAACUGGGAAGACACUGCUGGCUAGGGCUCUUGCAAGUAACAUAGAUGUGAACUUUAUUAAGGUUGUCUCAAGUGCAGUCAUUGGUAAGUAUAUUGGUGAGAGUGCUCGGAUAAUAAGGGAAAUGUUUGCAUAUGCACGUAAUCACGAGCCGUGCAUCAUCUUCAUGGAUGAAAUUGACGCACUUGGAGGAAGAAGAUUCAGUGAAGGCACAAGUGCUGAUCGCGAGAUCCAAAGGACGCUCAUGGAACUGCUAAACCAGUUAGAUGGGUUUGAUGAACUUGGAAAGGUGAAGAUAAUCAUGGCGACCAACCGUCCGGAUGUGCUGGACCCUGCUCUCCUACGCCCUGGGCGUCUGGAUUGCAAGAUUGAAAUCCCUCUUCCUAACGAGCAAGCGAGGCUGGAAAUCCUCAAGAUACAUGCAGCUGGGAUGGCCAAGCACGGUGAAAUCAACUACGAAGCUGCUGCCAAGCUAGCAGAGGGAUUCAACGCCGCUGACAUGCGCAACAUCUGCACAGAGGCCGGCAUGGCGGCGAUCCGAGCGGAGCGUGACUACGCCAUCAACGAGGACUUCAUGAAGGGGGUGAGGAAGCUGACGGAGUUGAAGAAGCUGGAGUCCAGCGCCAACUACAAGGCGGACUUCGGCAGCGGCUAGAGGAAUGACAGGUCGAGUUAAACAGACCUUUUGACGACAAUUUAGAUAAACAUAUAUAUCAACCCAUGCUUUUGAAGAAGGAAAUUACGAGGCGUACGAUCCAGACGCUGUCGUAGUUCCUGUCCGCGGUACUGAUCCUCGCCCCAGGCCUCGAAUUUUGGGAAUCUCUCUAUGCGCUUGUGGUGCCGCAAGAUGUUGGCCUGCGGGGCAUGAAAACUGAUAACUAAUCCUCACAUAUCCUAGUUUCUGCAUGUAGUGUUAUGGCCGCCGAGGUUCCUCUUGUUCAGUAGAUGAAAUGGAGGGGAGGGUUUUAGACUGAAAUGCUAUGUUGGCGCCCUGCUGAAAUGGAGUGCCCAUGUUGUGAUAUACGUAUAAAUGUUGCACUGUCGUG